UCUCUCGUCCGGAGCAGAUCUCGCACAGCACAGCACUUGCACCGUACAGUACUACAGCAUUGCAAACACACAGCAGCAGCAGCAGCAUCGGCAGCAAUAAGCGUCUCAAGACAAAAGAUUAGGCGAGAAGUGAGUCAGCCGCAAAUCAGCUACUACAGUGUACUAAAAACUGAAGCUGAAAACCGCGAUUGCGUGACGGCGAGCCUUCUGUGUGUGUGUGUGCCGGUGUGUCGGUGUCGGUGAAACACAAUAAAGAUUCCAGGUAGCAGCAGCAGCAGCAGCAACAGCAGCAGCUCCUGCUAGUAGCACGCGCCGGUGAUUAGCAAGUGUCAAGUGAUUACUGUGAGCGAGGCGCGAGUUCACUCACCUCGCCGACCGAUCUGACAAAAAGGAAGCUGAACACACAGAGAGAGAGAGAGAGAGAGAGAGAGAGAGAGAGAGAGAGAGAGAGAGCGAGCGAGCGAGAGUUACCAGAAACGCCGGGGGCAGACGCAGAGGACCAAGGACACUCAGCAAUCAAACUCAUCAACAGCCACUGGACGUUGCCACUGUGUCGAUAGUGCUUCGCUUCGUUCCGUGUGUGUUUGUUUGUGUAUGCAGGGUGUGUUUGUGUGCGAACCUGUUGCGCAUUUCAACUCAAGCAUCAUGCCAGGACGUCCACUGUGGCAGGUUGCUGGAAAGCGGGACCGGGACCAGGAGCGCGAAGCCCAGCACUGGAUCGAGACGGUGAUCGGGGAAAAGUUCCCGGCCGGCCACCUGUACGAGGACUGCCUGCGCGACGGCAUACUGCUGUGCCGGCUGAUGAACCGCCUGUCGCCGGGCAUCGUGCCGAAAAUCAACACGUCCGGUGGCGACUACAAGAUGAUGGACAACCUCAACCAGUUCCAGAAGGCGUGCAUCAAGUACGGUGUGGCGGAUGUUGAUCUCUUCCAAACGACCGACCUGUGGGAUCGCAAAAACGUCGCCCUCGUCACCACCACCAUCUUCGCCGUUGGCCGAGCGUGCUACAGACAUCCGGAGUUCCGUGGACCGUACCUUGGCCCGAGGCCGGCCGAGGAGAACCGGCGCGAGUUCACCGAGGAGCAGCUGCGAGCUGGCGAGGGUUUGAUCGGUCUGCAGGCUGGCUCCAACAAGGGUGCCACCCAGGCCGGGCUGAACUUCGGUGCGACCAGGAAGAUUUUGCUUGGCAAAUAGGGCCGUACCGCCGUGUGCUGGCAGGAUGCGAGAGCAACCGACGACGACGGAUUACGCACGCACAAACACACACACACACACAGUGACCAGUGUCACUUUCAUCUCGAAAUCUAUCAUUUCAAUCGGUUUUCACUGUACCCGCCCUGCCACCGCUGCUGACCAGAUCGUGUAGCUACGCGCCUGCAAGGAACACUCGCAACGGACACCACAUCCAGCUCGAUGCCUGCGUCCAACCCGUCGCCACCGUUAAAUUAUUAUCUAUUUAUUGUGUGCCCGGUCGUGACGGAUUUUGCCGAUGAACGUGCACGCACUUUAGCUGGCAGAGCGAGUGGCCCACCAGCGUGCUGGCAGCUCGUUUUUCCGUUGAGGCUCCAAGUGGAACUGCCCCCUGCCACAACACAGAGCAUCCUACUAACCUACGAAACACGUGUGCCGAUUGAUGUCAAGCAAUUCUGCCGCUGCACCGGUUCCUGCUAAUACCCGUCGUUGCACACCUCUUUCAACUUAACACCGACACACAUCCACUAACAUCCUGCGCGCACAUUGGAGAAAACAAGGGGAAAACAAGGGAGAACACACAUCCGUACGACUCAGUCGCAUUCGCUGCACCGUUGGCGGAUGACGAAAUGGGGGGUUUUCUUUUCUUACCAGAUAAAAUAAAGUACAAUUUUGCUUUUCAUCAACACC